AGACAGGAGAUUCCAUACGGUUCAGUCUUUACUGUCUCUUCCCUGCUGCCGGUUACAUGAUGCUGGCAGCGGUGUUCUUGCUGAGCUCUGCACUGUUGUGCCUCCUUUUUGUGGUUUGGAAAGUACGUACGAAUGGUGACUGGGCACUCUGGUGGCACGACAACUACCUGGAACGGCUAAAAGACUUUGUAACGGGCACCACGCGGCCUGUCAGGAUUCUGCAGUUCGUACAGCGCUGGGCCAAGCAUGGAGAUGCCCUCAGUGUCAUCUCUGCCAUUGACUCUUUUUGCAGCAAAGUAGAGUGGGCCAUGAAUGUGGGAGACAAGAAGGGUGAAAUCCUGGAUACUAUUGUCCUGGAGACCCGCCCUCGUUGGGUGCUGGAGCUGGGCACAUAUUGCGGUUACUCUACGGUACGGAUUGCUAGGUUGUUGCCCCCUGGUGCUCGGCUUAUUACCAUAGAGAUGAAUCCACACUACGCCCAGGUGGCCAAAGAAGUGAUUCGGCAUGCAGGUCUGGAGGCGCAGGUGGAACUGUUGGUGGGGUCCAGCUCCAUCCUAAUCCCUCAGCUGAAGAAGAAACUGGACAUUGAGAAGUUUGACCUGGUCUUUAUAGACCACUGGAAAGUCAGUUAUCUCCCUGACACCAAACUGCUAGAGGAAUGUGGUUUGCUGAGAGCCGGUUCUGUUCUCCUGGCUGACAACGUUGUGUGUCCUGGAGCGCCAGAUUACCUCCAUUAUGUAAGAAACAGCCCUCAAUAUCAGAGCCAGUAUUUCCAGUCUUAUCUUGAGUACCUACAGAUCGAGGAUGGCCUAGAGAAAUCCGUCUUCCUGGGUUGAUGGCCAGAGCAAGAACUAUGCCAUGGUCAUAUGCAGUCCUGCACCUAUCUCUGUGCUCCUGGACGUAGAAGACUCUUACUGGGCAGUGUUGUAAACUUCCAUGGAUUCUAAUUCAUUGGUGACAGCGACAAGCUGAUCCUAUAAUUUCUUUUAGGAUAGAAUUUCCUGUGUCUACACUGGGAUUGGGCUCCCUUCAGCUGUCAAGGUGUUUUUAAAGUCCCUAAGGACUUGACUAAGCUUGGACCACACAACUGUCAAACCUUUUUCUACUGAUGACUACCGGAUUCAGAAUAACUCAGUGUCUUUCUAAAAAAAAGUU